AUGGUUCUCCUUGUCUUAUACGAUAAGAACAACGGUGACCAUUUUCGUGGUGGUAUCAUUUCAUGGCGUCCACUCAAUAGCACACCAUCGGGUAGUAGUGCACAGAUUCUCAUACAUCAGAGAUACUUCUGGAAUCGAAUAUGGGGUAGUUUUAGUCCACCUUAUUGUACAGAAACAAACGUCGCUGCUCAAACACCCAUUCCAGUAUACGAAGCCAUGAUCUGUUUGAAAAACUGUACAAGUUCCACAUAUCCCAGUGGUGGACUCUCGACUGCUAUGACAACAACAGAUUGUCAAACAAAUGUCAUUAUUCAAUCAUGGGCUGGUGAACGGUAUGACACGCUGAACUUACCCUUGACGACAUCCAUCACGAUUGGUUACCAAUCGAGUGCAUGGAUGACGGGUCUUUAUAUCCGUGCUCCAUCAGGUGCUUGGUCAAUUGUUAAUCGACUCAAUUUAGGCUUGAGACCUGAUGGCUAUAUCAAUACCAGUCCUGUCACAAACACAUUACCUGUCGUAUUCUAUCAAAGAGGUGUACCUGUUGCUCAUGUCGUGCAAAUGGCUGAUAAUGAUGCCACCGAUAUUCNGAUUUUUCUAGUGGCGAAUCAAUGA